UAGGCAUAAACGGUGGGAAAUUUCCAUCAACUUGGAAAAAACAAUAGAAUAAAUAAUUCUUGGCCACGAGGUGAGAGCUCAGAGAGUCACAAGGUCAAAGAUCCUGUCCCAUUUGUCUGUGGUGACAAGCACCCCCCCAAAAAAAGGAACGCCUCACCUUAAACAAUGAAGUGUCCCUGGGAAGCUGAAAAAGAUUUCUGCUCGGCACAUUAGCCAAAGGCAAGAGGGGCCGAUCUCUCUUCGUUCCGAGUGCCACCCUCUACAAGAUCCUCACACCAGAGCCAAGACCCAAGUCCACUGUGCUUCCAUACCUCCACCCCAGACAUUACUCUGGGGUCUGUCUGAGGCCAUCAGUGUGAAGAUGAUCAGUGCCUUCCUAGCAUGACGACCUUGGACCAUGUGAUCGCCACCCAGCAGUCAGAGUGGGUCUCCUUCAGUGAGGAGCCACUCUUUCCUGUCCCUUCCGAGGGGGGCGCCGAGGAGCACCUCCCAGCACUGUCGUCUUACUCAGACCAGUCUGAGAGCUCCUCCGGGGAGAACCAAGCGGCAGAAAGAGGCUCUCAGGAGCUUUCCCACUCAGAGCAGGAUGACUCCUCUGAAAAGCUGGGCCUCAUCUCUGAAGCGACCUCCCCUCCUGGGAGCCCCGAGCAGCCCCCACCUGACCUGGCCUUUGCCAUCAGCAACUGGGUUCAAUUUGAAGACGACAUGCCCUGGGCCAGCACAUCACCAUCUCAGAAGGAAACAG